AUGGCGACAUACACGCAGCACUAUCAGUCGUACCCAGAGCAACCGCUCUUCAUUGAUCCGCAUGCCUUCUUCUAUGCCGCUCAGUAUGACAACCGUCGAUCAAAGACACCAACCGACUCUCUGGUCAACCAUUCCGGACUCUCUCCCGGUCCGCUUGCUACCCCACCACCUCAAAGUCGCCGUCAAUCGCAGCAACCAGACCCAUCACUGGACCAAAUUCCUGAGCAUAUGCUAUGGGACAACAGCAGUUCAUCCACCUCCCCUACGUCGGUGAGGACACCGGAUGGCGAAUCAUUUGAGGUGGAUAUGCUCGAUUCGGAUUCAAUCCGUAACUACUACAACCAUGGCAACACUAUGACAACCCAAAGCCCUCACAAUGCCAUGCCAACCAUGGACUCAAGCAUGCUAUUUACCGCUCAGGGUACCUUGAGCGACCAAGCAGUCCAGGCGGCCUUCAAUGCUACAAUGGCUGAAUCCCACCGUUUUCAGCAACAACUUGGUAUGCAGCCUCAACAUGCACAUCAGAUGCCAGCUCUACACACCCAGAACAACAUGUUUGAUCAAAACUACACUACACAGCCAUCUCGCCAUGAUCCAUGGAACGGGCAAGGCCCUUCACGCUCCUCCAUGGUGCCUCGGUCUGGCCAUGUCGUUUUCGAUCCCCAGUCAGACCAGACGGUCAACUACUCGGACUAUUUGGUAGAUGUGGACUCAUGGACGGCGGCUUUUACCGACCCUACUGCUUUGAUCUCGCCCAGCGAACCCACCAUUCCACCACACGAGAACAUGUUCUUUGCAACGGCACAAAAUCUCGCACAACGCCAGUUUGAGCAAAUAUCACAAACGCAAUUACCGAACCAUAACUCCAUGGACAUGCAGAUGAGGUCAACAUCGCCGCCCCCCGACCAGCACAACUUUGUCAACUACAAUGCUUCAUCCGAUCUAUUCACAGAGAGCUACAUCACCGGUAAUCAGUUCCCGGCCCCUCCUUCCACAGCGUCCUCAACACACCAACCUAGCUCGCCAUACCAGCCAGGCAUCAGCCCGUCUGCACCUAGUCCUGGCAGCUCGGACGGCAUGUUCUCAUCGUACCAGCACUCUGAUCCGGGUAUGAUGUUCGACCAGUACCAGACGCAGCAGUUCACACAAUUGCAACAACCGCCAAUGUCUGCAAUCAAGGUGGACUACUCCAUGAUGGGAGAUGUAGCUGAAAUGAGUUUCGAUGCAUCUCCUGAGCCAGAGUCGUCUCGAAGUGCCGCGCAAAAGGCACUGGCAGCGAAGUCUGGGGGCCGAGCGCUGGGAACCCAUUUGGAGCCCACGGUGGCCAAAGCAGCGCACGACAUGCGCAAGAUUGUCGCAUGUUGGCACUGCGUGUUGCAGAGAGACAAGUGUGGUCCAGGCGACACUUGUGAGCGCUGCUUCAAGCGCUCGCAACGUCCCAAUGCUGACUGCGGUCUUGGAUGCAACCGAAUGAAGCUUAUUGACCUGUCGCCAUACUUCCUGCCGUCGCUGGUUACCCAGAUGCACGAGGACUCAAACCUCACCCACUUUGUCACGCAAUACAUCCAGCAAUGGGGCAACGUAGAGUUGACAGUCUGGAUGACGUGCGGUCAGAUCAACAUGCCCCGGAUACCCGUCAAAGUAUACGAGUUCAUCCCCCGUGGCGAUGCUCUACUUGUCCAAAUCCAAUACAAGACGGACCCCAAUACGCAUGCGCGCAUCGCGAUCCAAAAGCAGAGUCCCGCUCUCGGUAUGGUUCACAUCAACCACAAUGAGGAGAAGAAGUACGACAAGUACAUCAGCGACAUUGUCGACAAUCACCUCGAUGCCUUUGGCGAGCUAUGCUGGAUGGAAGAUGACAACGACUUCCAGCAAAAGCUCUUCAAACUGAUGACACGUGUGAACCCCAAAUCCGACGACGAGCGCAAGCUCCUCCGCGAAAUCUUCCGCCUCAUCGUCGUAACAUUUAUCAUGUCGCACACGCUCACCAUUGCCGAAGAGACAAAAGCCGCAACUCUCUCUCGCAUGCACUCGUACAAGGGCCAAAGCUCCUACGUCGACAACUACACCUCCCCCCGCAUGACGAACCGCCAACUCAAGUACUUCUUCUCGCGCCUACAGCGCUCCAUCCAAAAUACAGUGCUCAAUAAGCUGCAGCAGAUCUUCAAGUCGUCAAAGGGCUGCGACAAGUGGCUCGCUGCUUUCGUCGCCGUCCUCGGCAUGUGCAUGGCGCUCGAGGAUCAGCAGAAAACCAUCCACCUCGUCAUGUCUACCAAGGCCGCAACAGAGGGCCUCGACAGCCGCGACGCACAGGGCCAGGCGGACAUUGCGUGUCGCGAAAUCGACCAGCGCAUGCACUUUGUACAGCAAAUUUUCCGCUGGAAGUACAACCGCAAGUGUAAUCCCAUGCGCGAUGCGGAUCACGAUUGGGAUAAGGAAGUGGGCUUUGGGGACGCAAGUAGUGUUAAUUUUGUGCGUCAGGUUGCACAGUUGGUUAAGGAGAAUAUCGAUUUCCUCCAACAGCGACAAGCAGUCAGCAUAUCGCCUGCAAACCAAACAAAGUACACAAGUCGUCUUGUAGGGCAAUUUUUGCUUUCGUUUUGGCUGCCGAGCGUAUAACCUUUUGUCUCUGCUUUGCUCUACCUCUGCUUGUCUUUGUUUUGCUUCAUUUUGUUUUGCUCCCCGCUACAGUGCUGGUUGAGCAUACAUCGUCGCGCUUUCACCUCGACGUUUCUCCCGCAUCGUGGUCACGAAAAAUCUAUGCAUUCGCAUAUCAUGUAUCUCUCACGACCGCUAUGUCUAUUUCCUUUCUCUUUAUCAACACCGCGAUGUAUUUAGACAUCUGUCAUGAGGACCUUCUUUUUGAGUACGGUAAAAUACGUUGGAUGGCGGGGUACUGGACGGUGGACGAUGGAUGACGGAUGGUGGAUCAUGGAACGGAG